GUGAUUUCCAGGGUUUGUGGCACAUCUCAGGGCAUCAUUUGGAGUUUCUUUUUCUCUUUAUAGCCAAGCUGUCUCAUUGGCAUCACUUUUGAUUAUUUUCAUCUUCUUCGUCGACACAGGAUGUAUCCUAAAGUAAUCUGCGUCCCCGACGCCCUGCGCGGGUUUUCUCCAACACUGCGCAACCGAGUGAACGAAGCCGGUGACACUUCAGGAGACUCACGAGGACAGCUCCAGCGAAAACCAGCGACUGUUACCCGAGACGUGUCCUCAGUGAAAAACCCCAAACACAGAUGUGAGCAGUCCGGGCAGCGGGGCAGGCGAAGGAUGAAGGCGAACGAUAGAGAGCGCCACCGCAUGCAUAAUCUGAACUCCGCCCUGGACGCGCUGAGGAGCAUCCUGCCGGCUUUGCCAGAAGACGCGAAACUAACAAAGAUCGAGACUCUGCGAUUUGCCCGCAACUACAUCUGGGCUCUGACCGAGACUCUCCGGAUGGCAGACCAGCACGCACACACUCAGGACUAUCUGGCAUCAGAUCUGAGCAGCCCGGCAAGCGUUUUAUCUGCCGAAUGGGACUCAGCAUCACCUUCAGAAUGUGGUUAUGGGACCAAUGCUGACUUUAGCCACAGAAGCUCUCUCACCGCUGUUAAUGAGAUGAGCUGCAGAAUCUUCCCAGGAGAGGAAUUCAGCGCCAUCCCCGUUACCUUUUGUUUCAAGUCCCUGUGUGCUGACAAUGACCUGACGAGUAUGUGGCACUUUUGACUCUCUAUACCGCUCCAUCUCACAUAAAGACAUUUGGGUGCAAGCAGCAGUUCCCCAUCCGCUUUAGCGAGGUUACGCUUAAGACCAGGUCCAAAGACAUUAGUUUCCCAUGUUCAGUGUUUAUUCUUAAAAAGCAAUUAAAGUUUGUUUUGUUUUUUUUUUAAAAAGGGGAAAAAAAAA